GGAACCUAGAAAACAAGCUUUUGCUUCACCAAAAUUCAACCCACCUCUACCACUUUGCAGCCCAUGUUUAGAUCUAUAACCAUAUUUUUUUUUAAUUAAAAGUUAGCAUUGAAAAACCCUAGUACUUUGAUUAAGUAACUCAGAUUCCGUAGACAGCUAAGAUAAUGAAAGAGACCUACGUACGAAUACUAAAGCUCUCUUAUGAAUCUUCACAUGAAUCUCCUGGGGCUAAUACUUGUUAUGCUUGUCAUCAAUAUAAUAUAUUUCGUUACUCCGAUGAUACAUAUUUUAAACUACUCUAAUUUACCGGAAAGAAAAACUUGAUAUUUGAGACAAACUAACCUAACUUGUAUACGCACAAUACAGUAGACUAGUCAAGGUAUUUGUUAAUGUGUGCAUUUAUAUUUAGAGAGUUUCAUUACUUAUAUCCAAAAUGUAUGCAAUAAUUAAUGUCAUUGUGGAGCAAGUAUAGAAGUAAAUUUGGUCAAACUGUUUAAAAAUCCAAAUAGGUAGUUGUUUCUGUAAACCUGCCACAUUCUAUACAUUACCAACUCUUGUUCUUACUUGUUCAAAAUUUAGAGGAAGGAAAAGAUGGAUUUUGCUUAUGUCAGAUAACUUGUUUGAUAUUUUCUUUUUUAUCCAUUUUUUUCUGAUGUCACAACUUGCAUGGUAUCGAUCUCCAUUUAAACCUAAUUAACCAAGCCCCAUGUUUCCUUCUCAUUGACAUAUUUUCAUUACAAAGCUAAGUGUCUCUCGAUAUGUCAAGACCAGCUCUGUUCAUCAUUUUUCUGGUCCUCCAACUGGUCCAUUUAGGAAGCGGCCGGAUUGUUAGAGACUCCGGUCUUGUAUCCAAUGGAACAAACGACGAAAUAAGCCAAUCUUCGAUCCUCGACUCACUGAAUCUUAAAGAAGAUUCUGUGACUUGUGAACCAAUUUUUGGCUUCUUGCCUUGUGCAACUUCAGUUUGGGGGCUUCUUUUUCUAGUAAUCGUCUACGAGGUCUUGCUCUCCCUCGCAGAUCAGUAUGUUUCAAGAGGAUCUGAAAUCUUCUUUGAAUUGUUUGGGACUGGUGUCUUUGGUGCUAGUGCUUUCCACCUGCUUGGUUUGAUUCCACAAGUUGGAAUGGUUCUUGUAAUUGGAGUUACAGCAACUACAGAAACUGUGGAGGAAAUGGCAGAAAUGAGCAUGAGCAUGCUUGCAGGAUCAUCAAUCAUGAUUCUUACCCUAAUUUGGGGUUCUGUUGUUGCUUUUGGUAGCUCCGACCUCUCGGAUUCUCAAACUUUAUCAAAUCCAGAAAAUAAGAAACCCUUCAGUUUGACUGGUUUACUUGAUGUUGCUUUCGGUAGCUCUGACCUCUCGGAUUCUCAAACUUCAUCAAAUCCAGAAAAUAAGAAACCUUUCAGUUUAACUGGUUCUGGUGUAAGAACGGAUGUCGAAACCCGAGAUACUGCAAGAAUCAUGAUGUUCUCGUUGAUCCCAUAUCUCAUUCUUCAGCUGGCAAAAAUCUUGACUUCAACUACAGCGGUUCGAGUUGUGAUCUUAAUUUCUCUACUGAUUGCAUCUGCAUUCCUUGCCACUUACUUCAUUUACCAGUUCUUUCAACCAUGGAUUCAGAGCAGAAGGCUUGAAUAUUUGCUGCGUAAGUACAUACCGAAAAACAUAUUGCCAAGUCUUAUGACAGUAGGCGGAAAACCUAAUGUAUCUAUUAUAAAAGGGCUGUUCCAUAAAAUAGACAAGAAUCAUAACAAAAACAUAUCAUCAGAUGAACUUAGAGCAUUGAUCCUAGGAAUACAAAUAGAAGAAAUAGGUCUGGAUGACGAUGAUUAUGCAGCAGAAGUGAUGAAGCAAUUUGAUCUCUCUGGUGACGCUCAAAUAGCUGAGAUGGAGUUUGUGAAUGGAAUCUCAAAAUGGAUUAAUCCAGCUAAGCCCCCUGCCAACGAUAAAGGUCAUGAACAUAGAUCGCUUUUCAGAAGAAAUAAUUCCAAGAAUGAGAAAUCUAUGGAAGAUCAGCUUACGCCGCUGAUCUCUAAGAAAAAUGUGACUAAGGGUGCUGAUACAUCGUGGAUGAAUCUCCUGAAGGCUGCUUUUCUAAUUAUUCUAGGAACUGGCAUAACGGUUUUUCUUUCAAUGCCCCUCAUGGUAAGUCUCCGAGAAUUUUCCACUGCUGCAAGCAUCCCUUCUUUCGCCGCCUCGUAUGUUGUGAUACCCUUGGCUACAAACUACAGGCUGGUGCUAAUGUCAGUAACGUCUGCCAAAGAGAAGACGGAGGAUGCCAUCUCUUUAACACUUUCCGAGAUUUACACAGCGGCGUUCAUGAACAACAUUGUGGGGUUGGUCAUAUUUUUGGCGCUCGUUUACAUACGAAAUUUAUCAUGGGACGUGGCUGCUGAAGUUUUAGUUGUUUUACUUAUUUCGACAGCGGUUGGUUUUUCUGCCAGCUUCAGCAGAAAAUUCCCAUUUUGGACAAGCGUUCUAGCAUACAUUUUGUACCCAAUAUCACUGCUGCUGGUUUAUGUUCUUACCACUGUUAUCGGAUGGUAUUAAGCCAGCAGUAUCGCGACUACCAAAUAUUAUUACAGCAAAAUACGCUUUUCAUUGUAGCCAUCUAAAUGUUACAGCAAAUAUAUCUAUAAAUUAGAGUAACUUAAA